AUGCAAUCGCUUUUCAAUGGCCUCAUUCGACAUAGGAUGAGACCCCUGCUGCUCUCUUUCUCGAUUCUGGCCCUCUUCUGGCCCCUCUGUGAUGCUCAGUGCUCGAGAACGCCCGUAAGUGAAAAUGGUUGCAUUAAACGUGGAAAGCUGCACCAUGUUCACACAGUAUGGAGAACCAACAACUGUGAAAGGUGUGAAUGCAAACCAGAAGCAAUGGUUUGCUGCAGCCGAGUGCUCACGCCUACCAAGUACAACAGGGAGAAAUGCAUCCCCAUGUUCCACAAGCCCACCUGCUCGAUCCGCGUGGUGAAGAAAAACAACCCUUCGGCAUUCUGCAGGGUCUUUUCCGCGGUCGGAUAG